GUCUUCGCUUAUGGCAACCCUAAUCAAGGGUCACUCUUCCCACCCUUCCUCUAACCAGCUGGCUGAACCGGCCCUCCUUGGCACAGAUGUGGGGACCCUGGCUUUCCAGAGAGAAGACCGAGAAGUGCCCGCAGGGACCCUCUGCACGGCAGCCGGCUGGGGCCUCACCACCAACACUGGGAAACGUCCGGACAGGCUACAGUCGGUGGAGCUGAGCAUCCUGAGCCGGGCCACCUGCAAUCGGAGGAUCCACCAUGAUGGGGAGGUGACAGAGAACAUGAUGUGCACAGAGAUCAAGAGGGAUUCCCGCAAGGAUACCUGCAAGGGCGAUUCUGGAGGGCCCCUUGUUUGCCAUGGUGUGGCCGAAGGGGUUGUGGCCGCUGGUUCACGUGUCUGCGGCAACUGGAAGAAACCUGGGAUUUACACUCGGAUCCCUCCUUACCUCGAAUGGAUCAGGGCUGUCAUGGCAUCCGCCAAUUAACCCAUCAC